UGGAAACACUAUUUCUUUUUGAACCUUUCAGGUGAAGGUGUGAUUUACUUUUUAAUUUGGGUAGAAGCAAUUUAUUUUUAAAAAAUAUGACUCCUUUGAAGAUACAUGGUCCUAUCCGAGUACGGAGCAUUCAGACGGGGAUUACAAAGUGGAAAGAAGGAUCCUUUGAAAUUGUGGAAAAGGAAAAUAAAGUCAGCCUAGUGGUUCACUAUAAUGCUGGAGGAAUUCCGAGGACAUUUCAGCUAAGUCACAAUAUAAAGAAUGUGGUUCUUCGACCCAAUGGAGCAAAACAAAGUCGCCUGAUUCUUACACUGCAGGAUAAUAGCUAUUUGUCUAUUGACAAAGUACCUUGUAAGGAUGCAGAUGAAAUGAGGCUGUUCCUGGAUGCAGUUCAUCAAAAUAGACUCCAUACAGCCAUGAAACCUUCCCAGGGGUCUGGUAGCUUUGGCGGAGUUCUCGGGAGCAGGACUACACAGAAGGAAGCCAACAGGCAGUUCUCUUACAUAGAAAAUCAGACUUCUUCAAAAAAAGCAAGUUUGGAAUCCAAAGAUGAUACUACAUAUCGAAAAGUUCUUGGUACUCCAGGCAGAGGAUCCACAAAGACUCCAACAGGAAGUGUAAUGACUGGAUCUCGAGUAAAUACCUCUCUGACUUCUACUUCAUCAACACCUCUAAGAACAGGAUUAUUAGAAAAUCGGAAUGAAAAGAGAAAAAGAAUGCUAUCAACUGGGUCAGAGAUGAAUGAAGAUUACCCCAAGGAAAAUGAUUCAUCAUCGAACAAUAAAGCUAUGACAGAUCCUUCAAGGAAGUAUUUAAACAGCAGUAGAGAAAAACAGCUAAGCUUGAAACAGGCAGAGGAGAAUAGAACAUCAGGACUUUUGCCACUACAAUCAUCAUCUUUUUAUGGAAGUAGAACAGUCUCAAAAGAUUAUUCUACUGGAAAUUCAAACCUAGACAGGACUAGUGUUUCAAGCCAGACUCCUUCUGCCAAAAGGAGUUUGGGGUUUCUUUCUCAGCCAGCCCCUCUCUCAGUAAAAAAACUAAGGUCUAACCAGGAUUAUACUGGAUGGAAUAAACCAAGAGUGCCCCUUUCUACUCAUUCACAGCAACAAUUACAAGGAUUUUCAAACUUGGGAAAUACUUGCUAUAUGAAUGCCAUUUUACAGUCCCUGUUUUCACUUCAGUCAUUUGCUAAUGAUUUGCUUAAGCAAGGUAUCCCAUGGAAAAAGGUACCACUUAAUGCACUUAUCAGACGUUUUGCCCACCUUCUUGCUAAAAAAGAUGUCUGUAAUUCUGAAACUAAGAAAGAUUUGCUCAAGAAGGUAAAAAAUGCCAUUUCAGCUACUGCAGAGAGAUUCUCUGGCUAUAUGCAAAAUGAUGCACAUGAAUUUUUAAGUCAGUGUUUGGAUCAGCUAAAGGAAGACAUGGAAAAGUUAAAUAAAACUUGGAAGACUGAGCCUAUAUCUGGGGAAGAAAAUUCUCCAGGACGAACUUCAGAUGAUAUUGCAGCUACUAGGAUAUAUACAUGUCCUGUUGUUACUAAUUUAGAAUUUGAGGUCCAGCAUUCUAUCAUAUGUAAAGUAUGUGGUGAAACUGUUCACAAACGUGAACAGUUCAAUGACCUUUCCAUUGACCUGCCCAGAAGAAAGAAACCACUACCUCCUCGGUCAAUCCAAGAUUCUCUUGAUCUUUUCUUUAGGGCAGAAGAGCUUGAAUAUUCCUGUGAGAAGUGUGGUGGGAAGUCUGCUAUUGUCACACAUAAAUUCAAUAGACUCCCCAGGGUCCUUAUUCUUCAUCUGAAACGAUAUAGCUUCAAUGUGGCCCUUUCACUCAACAACAAGGUUGGACAGCAAGUGGUUAUUCCAAGAUAUUUAACUUUAUCCUCCCAUUGCACUGAAAACACAAAACCUCCUCUUUCCCUUGGUUGGAGUGCACAUACAGCAAUUUCUCGGCCAUUGAAAGCAUCUCAAAUGGUGAAUUCCUGCACCAUCAGCACUUCUACACCUUCAAGGAAAUACACAUUCAAAUCCAAGAGCUCUACAGGAUUCUCCAUUGAUUCAGACAGUGAGGAUGAGCUCCUAAAACGCUCUGUGGUCCUAAACCAGAGACUUUUUGAAAUGCCUAGCAGGGAGCAACAGGAAGACCUAGAAAAGGUGUCAAAAAAAUGUAAAAUGGAGUCAGAUAAAUCAGAUUUGGGAAACUCAGGAUUUGAUGGAAUGAGUGAAGAUGAACUUCUGGCAGCUGUCUUGGAGAUAAGUAAGAGGGAAGCCUCACUGUCUUUGACUCAUGAAGAUGAUGAUAAACCUACCAGCAGUCCAGAUACAGGGUUUGCAGAGGAUGAUAUUCAAGAUAUGCCUGAAAAUCUGGAAUCUAUGGAGGCAGAAAAAUCAAAAGCCCCCAUAGAAGCUGGUCCUGCCAGCUUCACUGAGAUUACUAAAGAUUUUGAUGAGAAUAAAGAAAACAAAACUCCGGAAGGGUCUCAGGGGGAGGUUGACUGGCUCCAACAGUAUGAUAUGGAGCGAGAGCGGGAGGAGGAAGAACUCCAGCAGGCCCUGGCUCAGAGCCUCCAGGAGCAAGAGGCCCGAGAACAGAAAGAAGAUGAUGACCUCAAAAGAGCCACAGAGUUAAGCCUUCAAGAAUUUAACAGUUCCUUUCUGGAUGGAAUGGGCUCUGAUGACGACUCUGGGAAUGAAGAUGUUUUCGAUAUGGAAUACACAGAAGCUGAAGCAGAGGAGUUGAAGAGAAAUGCUGAGACAGGAAAUCUUCCUCAUUCCUAUAGACUCAUCAGUGUUGUCAGCCAUAUUGGAAGCACAUCUUCUUCAGGUCAUUACAUUAGUGAUGUGUACGACAUUAAGAAGCAGGCCUGGUUCACUUACAAUGAUUUGGAGGUAUCUAAAAUCCAAGAGGCCUCUGUUCAAAGUGAUCGAGACCGGAGUGGUUACAUCUUCUUUUAUAUGCACAAAGAUAUCUUUGAUGAGCUGCUGGAAACAGAAAAGGCCUCCCAGCUGCUUAGCCUGGAGGCUGGGCGGACCACCCGGCCAGCACUGUGAGGAGCCCACUCCUGGGGAGGCGGGCAUCUGUGUGUGCACAUGCACGGCUGUCUCUCAUUUUCAUGUUCUUUCCACCUGAGGAGAAUUCUGAACUUAGAACUGACACAGGAGUGACAAACAGCUCAGGGCCAAACCAAAACAUAGAAAGCUUCAAACCAGGGAAGUUCUCCAUGCAUGGAAAUCCUUGAACCUCACACCUGUAGCUGAUCAGCCUGCUCUCCAAGAGCAGAGUGGAGCUUUCUGUUGUUCCAGGAACCUAGACACACACACACCUACACACACACACCUACACACACGCUCACGCUCAC